GCAUGCGUACUCCUAUCCUGUCGGGCCAAGACCGAGGCCGUUUGUUCUGUCUCCGGCCAUUGGGAGCGUGAUGCGUCACAAUGCUUUGUCCUUCCAAUCGGAAGCACCGCUCUGGGGCAGAGGGGUGGGACAAGGUCGCCGUGGUGUUGUUACCGGAAGUGGCCGUUGAAAAUUUCUUCUUGAGCUGAGGGAGGGGCGGCGUGGCGUGGGUUUUUUGGUCAUCUCUGGGUCCUAACGCCUAGCCUGUCCCACCGUCCAUCCCCACCUAGCCCAGACUCCACUAUUACUGCCUGCCGGCCUGCUGCCGCCAGCCACCGCUCCCCGCCUGGGCUGCCCCGCAGAGUGCUUGCUGAUCAGGCUAUCUGAGGCUCAGAAAAUGACAAGGCAGAGCUGACCUACAGGUUUUAAUAUAUCCAUAUGAUGCAAAGAGAAGAGUAAUCUUUGACGUGUCAGUUUCUGUAAAAGAAUAUAAUUGAAGAUUAUGUUCGUUAUACAGACACUAUAGAUUAAAAAGUUGGAGAUUCGUCAUCAUGAAUUCUACCCCUCCAAUCAGUUACACUAUUCCUGAAAUCAAACGCCUACACUGUAUCCAGAGUGAGUUGAGGCUACUGCAAAAUAGUAGUCAGUCAGAGCUGGAUGUUACUGAAGAUCUGAGAAGGAAACUUCAUCAAGCCAAAAAAGAAAAACUGGAUAUAACGACUAAACAUAACCAAGAUCUGUCCAACUAUGAAAGCCAGAUUGCCAGGUUGCGAUCUGAAGUUGAGAAAGGAGAGGCCAUUCGACAAAGUCUGGAGUAUGAACUUGUCAUUGCCAGAAAAGAUGCUGGUCUUGAAAGAUACUCUGCAGAGGAAAAGUUAUGUGAAGCUAGCAAUCGAUUUCAGCAGCUGCAAGCCAUGAAUGCAGAGCUUCAACAGAAAUUGGCUGAGACCGAGAAAGUGUUUCAUAUUUCUCAGCAGAAUUGGAAGGAACAGCAGCAAAGACUUACAAAUGACUUAGAGGAGAAAGAUAACAUCCUUAAGACCUGUAAUAGUGAAUAUGAGUUACUUCUGAAGGAGAGGACUAAACUGGAAAACGUUAUACAGGAGCGGAACAAUGCACUGCAAAAUAUGCAUAAGAAAAUACAAGAUCUGGAACUGGAACAUAAUGACUGCACUGACAUUCUCCGGCGACAGGCCAGUGAACUUGAAUACAGUACUGAACGAGAGGAGAGACUUAAAAAAGAUCUUGAGGCAGCUACUGUGAGAGUGAAGAAAUUGGAAGAAAAUAUUGAGGCAGAGAGAGCAGCACAUCUGGAAUCCAAAUUUAAUUCUGAAAUUAUCCAGUUAAGGAUUCGAGACCUUGAAGGAGCUUUGCAGGUAGAAAAAGCCAGCCAAGCAGAAGCUCUUUCUGAUUUGGAAAUGAUCAAGAAAGAGUUCAAAGAGGUGGAAAAUGCAUAUGAGAGAGAGAAACGUAAUGCCCAAGAGAGCUUGGAAAAACUCAAUAUAUUCGAAAAAGAGUAUUUUUCUACAAACAAGCAACUAAAUGAAGAGAUUGAGGAAAAGAAGAAAGUAAUUACACAUCUCUCUGAGAGACUCCAGGAUAAUGAAAAAAGUUGCAAAGAAUUACAGGAGGAACUUGCAAAGGCCAAGAAACGCCAGGCCUUCCUAACAGAGAUGUGUGAAAACAAUGUGAGAGAACUGGAGUUACUCUUGGACAGCUUUACUAUGUCAAGCCAGCGGACAGCAGGCAGUCGCAAGGACAAAGAUAAACCUCCAAGCCUCUCUGUUGUCCUUGAGACUUUGAGGAAUACCUUGACAGAUUACCAGAACAAGCUGGAAGAUACAUCUAAUGAGCUAAAGAAAAUGAAAGCUUCAUGUGAGAAGAUGACAAAAGAGAUUGACUCAUCCAAACAAAAAAUAUGGUCUCAAAGUCAAGACCUUAAGGAAGCUCAGGAUAAUCUGGCUGAUGCCAAUGAAGAGUUAAAUCAUCUACGCACUAAGUGUGCAGACAGAGAGGCUUUAAUAGGCACUUUAAAAAUGGAACUGCAGAACGUACUUCACUGCUGGGAGAAAGAGAAAGUCCGUGCCACAGAAUCAGAAAAUGAAAUCCAGAAGCUUACCAGGGCUUACCAGAAGGAUACUGAGGAGAAGCUAACCUUCCUCCAUACUUUAUAUCAGCAUUUGGUAGCAGGCUGUGUGCUUAUAAAACAACCAGAAGGCAUCCUGGAUAAAUUCUCCUGGCCUGAGCUUUGUGCAAUCUUGCAGGAGAAUGUUGAUGCCCUGAUCUUAGACCUCAGCAGGGCUAAUGAGAAGAUAUCUCAUCUAGAAUAUAUUUGCAAGAACAAGUCUGAUACCAUGAGGGAACUUCAACAGACCCAGGAAGACACUUUUAACAAAGUGGCUGAGCAGAUGAAAGCACAGGAAAGCUGUUGGCAGAAACAGAAAAAGGAGUUGGAGCAGCAGUACUCUGGACUCCUUGGGGAAGUUCAUGCAAGGGCACAGAAAUAUCAAGAAAUUGCAGAAAAAGCCAAGGAAAGAUGUUCUGUCAUUGAAAAAGCACGAGAGCAGUUGGUCCAUGAAAAUUCACAAUUGAAAAGUAUAUUAAUGCAGACACAAAAGGAACAUACAUCUCUGCUGGCUGCCUGUGCACUAAUGGGUGGUGCCUUAUAUCCUCUAUACAGCCGAUUAUGUGCCUUGUCUACACAAAGAGACUUUCUCCAGGAUCAGGUCCACACCUAUGAAGUACUCAAACAGGAAAUUAGGACUCUGGUCUGUGCUUUGUCUGAUGUAGAGGAAAAGAGGCAAGAUGAAGUGAAGAUAAAGAAAAAGCAUUUCAAAGGCAUGAUACAUGUAUUCCGGAAAGGUGUUAUUGCAGUUCUGGCAGCACACAGACUUCAAAUUUUGGGACAGUCAAGUAGCUCUCUUUUCUCCUGGGUAGAUGGUUUCAAAGAAGGCAUAGGAAUCCUAGUUUGCAUAGGAGAGGCCAAGGGGAAACACAAUCUAUCAAAACACCAAAAGGAACAAAUCCAUUGUCUUCAAGCACUCAACUGGUUUACUAGUUCUGACCUUCUUGCCGCAAUAAUCAGUUCGGUGGCUGAAUUACAGGAAGUUGUUAGCAAAACAGCUGCAAGACUUGGAGCCAGGAGAGCAGCAAGUCCCCACUGCCGUGCAACAGCAGAUCCAAAUUCCUGGCUUUGUGGACACUUACUCAUAAGUGCAGCCAGGAAUUCUUUUUCAAAACUCAUGGACAAACUUAAUGUGCUAAUGGAGACUAUAGCAGUGGAUAGCAGCAGGACCAUCACAUAUGUAGAGAAGGACUCCUUGGUUCAAAGACUGGCUCGUGGACUUCAUAAAAUAAAUGCACAGGCACUAAAAGCUGGACUAUGUGAUAGAAUACCCAUUACAAAAAGCAUAGCAUCCUUGCAGAAGCAAAUAUUUGAAUUUACACAAAGGCUGCAUACAGCAGAAGUGGAACGCCGUUCACUACGCUUAGAACUCACAGAAUUCAAACGGAAUUUGAAUGAGAUGAAAAAAGAGGCUGACAAAGCCCAGAGCCUGCAAGAGCAAUUAAAUGCAUUUAAGCAAUCUAAAUUGAUCACCCAUGAGAGGUUUGAAAGUGCAUGUGAAGAACUGAAUAAUGCAUUACAUCGAGAGCAGCAGGCACAAAUGCUUCUGAAUGAGCAGGCACAACAGCUACAGGAGUUACAUUAUAAACUGGAAUUGCACUCAAGUGAAGAAGCGGACAAAAACCAAACCCUAAGUGAAGCUGUAAAGAGUCUCUCCGAGGCAAAGAUGGAGCUGAGAAGAAAAGAUCAAUCUCUGCGUCAGCUCAAUAGACAUCUUACCCAGCUGGAGCAGGACAAGCGUCGACUGGAAGAGAGCAUCCACAAUGCAGAGAGUGCCCUCCGCAUGGCAGCAAAAGAUAAAGAAUUAAUUGCCAGUCAUAUGAAAUCUGUGGAAGCCACCCUACAGAAGGUCAGAGAUCAGAUCUCGCUGUCACGGACUGCGGCAACCAGGAAUGACUUCACCCUGCAGCUACCCAAACUGCACCUGGAGACCUUUGCAAUGGAAGGGCUGAAGGGCGGGCCAGAGGUUGUAGCAUUUCAGGCUCUGAUUAUAAGUUUUAUGGAUGUCUACCAACUCGCAAGCUCCAGAGUUGCUACACUUGAGAGAGAAAUAGCAUCUCAUCGACAUCACAUUGCAGCCCUGAAAUCAGAACUCCAAACGGCUUGUCUUCGUGAAAAUGAAAGCUUACAAUCAGAAUCACGAGACAGUUCAAACGUCCCCAUGGCUUCAAGAUCAGCACUUCAGCCUGACCAGAGCUGUAUCCCAGAUUUUUUGCCGUUGCAAGCCGAGGCAGAUACAUCUUACAGUUUUAUACACAAUAGACCCCAUUCUCAGUCUUCAUCCUAUUCCUCUGCCCUCAACAUCUCAGCCAGCACCAAAAGAACAAUACAAAAUGGCUUUUAAGACUUUGUAUUAAUUUUAUGAGGAAAAAACUAUACAUUUUAAAUGAUGCAAUUAAAAUGAUAUUUUAUUGGACUAUCUUACCUUUGAAUUGUGAUUUAACAUGUAUUUUUUGGCACUAAUUUUUACAUUUGUUUGAAAAUGGUGAGUGUCUGUUCAUACAUCCAUGUUUCUAUACUUCUCCCUCCCAGUGUAGUGAAACAGUCCAGUUUUUAGUUUUAUUUAUCACAUUGCUCAUUUUUAUGUAAUAUAUUUUUAAAUGUUAAAGAAUGACACAUUUUGGGUAAUUUUCUUCAGACUUAAAAAAAAUCAAUAAGCCAUUUUAGUCUCUAUCUAUCAAAGUUGUUUCAUACUUGUCUAUUUUAAAUCAGGACUGCAAUACUUUAAUAGGAUUGAGAGAGCUAUUUGAAAUGUAUGCCAAUGAUUCCUGUCAUUUCAUGGCAGCCCUGCCAUGGUUCACUGAGCCCCCUCUUCUCUCUUGUCAGCUCAACUGAAGACAAGCAUUUAGUUGCAAACUUUAAGCAGGUUGUGCAAAACAGAAAUGAUGUGACUGCUUCUCCUCCUGCACAAUAAUGUCACUCCUGGUCAAUGUGAGAAGGUCAGGUUGCUCCUACAUGAUACCACUUGCCCAUUUGAACAAGUUAAGUUAACUGCUGAAUCUGGUCCCUGCAGGCGUUGAAAACUCAUCCUUUUAUCAAGUCUGCAUUUGAUGAGAAAGUAGAACAAUUGUGCAGGGAGGAUUUCUGAUGACAUGUUUAUGUACUUUAUAAGGACAGUUCCCAUACCAGUGUUACAGGUAAUAUAUUUAGUUUAAGCUGAAAUACUUUAAAGUAAUGGCAGUUUUGACCUUCAAAAUAGACUCCUUUUUUGUUGUUGUUGGUAGGACCCAAGAGUGACGCCCAUCUUUGAUGCUGACAGAAUUUAAAGCAAAGCCAUUGCCCUGCAUUUUCUGCCUUGUAGCACACAAAAGUAAAAUUGUAUGUCAGGCCGAGAUGUCGGGGAGCUGACAAGAUGCCCCAGUGACAUUUCAGCUGGAAAGAGCAAGUGUCUUGCAACCAAGUGGUCAAAUAUCAAAUAAUAGGUCAAGCAGGAAGGAGCUGAGUUCUAACCACAAAGAGGUUUCUGGUAACUUACUUGACAAGCUUUUGGGUGCUUUGUGGCUUGACAAAGUGAUGUUCUGUUGGGUAUCGCUAGACAGACUGUUCUUUAUCGCCUUCAGAAGAUCAGACAUUGACAUUGAUUAAACUCUUUAACCCUUAAAGGUUA